AUGGGACGAUCCACACCAUCUCAGUCUCAAGCACGCGCAGGUCCCUCGCGCUACCGCGCAUCCCGCGCCCCGCGCGCUUCACAGCCUUCACAAUCGCAACGCCCAGGAAGAAGAGCACAGCCGCAGCAAGAAGAAGAGGACGACGAUAUGUAUGAAAAAGAUGACGAUGAUGACGAGGGAGAUGAUGAUGGAGACGGCGAUGAGGGAGGGGAGGGAGGAGAUGGAGGUCCGAUGGAUGUAGACGAGCCGGACGACAAUUCUGAACUCGCACGCAAAGCGCACGCGCUUGUCCGUCUCGCACUGUUCACGGAGUACAAGCGCGCCCCACUCAGGAGGGAGGAAAUCAGUAAAAAAGUCCUCGGCGGGACACCCCGCGCCUUUGCCUCCGUUUUUGCCCUCGCGCAAAAGAAGCUGCGUGAUACAUUCGGAAUGGAGUUGGUGGAGCUUGCGACAAGAGCGGGGGUUGAGGCGAUGGAGCGGGGUGAUGGUGUGGAUGUGGAUAAUGAAGGGGGUAAAGGAAAAGAGAAGGAAAAAGAGGGCAAGGGGAAGGGAAAAAAGAAAGGCGAGACGCAGGCUGGGCUCAAGAAGAAAGCUCCAGCGUUGACAACGAAAAGUUACAUCCUGCGCUCGGUGCUGCCUGCCAUUCUCAUCGAACACGCGGCUCAGACAGACGGGGAGCUUUACGAGGGAGAGGUGCGCGACAUGCAAGCGAUAUUCCCUGUGCAUGGGCGGAGGCGCCAGAACAACGGAGAUGACGACGAGGACGGAGAAGAAGACGAGGAGGAAGGGAACGCACGUCGGGCCUCGGGGUCAGGUGGUGGUUCUCAGGCACAGCGGGCGAGGCCCAGCCAGCAAAAGAAUCAGCGUAGGCGCAUGCGGAACACCGUGCAAUCUUCAUCUGAGGACGAGGACGAUGGCGGUGAAGGUGCAGAUGGGUACCCCAACGGACAUGGCCACGAUAACGAGGCGCAGUCGCGAGCACCGAAAAACUACGGGAGCAUCAUUUCAUGGAGCCGUGCAGACCAGCUAGGUGCUCUCGGGGUGCUGCACGUCAUUCUUGCGCUGGUGCUUGCGCAUGCACGUGUUCUAGAUGACUCGAAACUCCGGGCAUAUAUGCGCAUGCUGCGUAUCCCAUCCUCAGCCACCGCUCAUCCAAUCCCACUCACCACAACAUCAACCUCACCCACACUUGGACUGUCCCUGGAUGAUUUCCUCACGCUGAUGUUAAAACAAGGGUAUUUGCAUCGCGCCAUUGUUGGCGCAGAGGGUGCUGGCGGUGCAUCUAAGAAGGGGGGCGCGGGCGCAGGCAGAGGGGCAAAGAGAGUUAGAGGCGGUCAGGAUGCGGGAGCGGGGGAGGUGCAAUAUGUAUGGCGGUGGGGAGCAAGAGCGUUGGCGGAGAUUGGGGAAGAACAGGUGGCGCGGUUUGUAGCGGAAUUUAUGGUUUCUGCGAAUGCCGAUGAUGCCGAUGUGGGCACCGGGGAGGAUACCGAUUCCGAGGAAGAGGGAGGAGGGGCACGGGGUGCUGAGAAGUCUAGAAAGAAGAAGCGCGAGGCGGUGGAGAAGAUGUUUAAAGGCCUUGAGAAAGCUGCUGGGGGUUCAUUUUUGUGCUAA